ACAUGAACUUUUCUGUGGCAUGGCGCGAUUUGCUUAGCAACGUGAUUUUUCGCUUAAAUAAAAUUAUUUUUCAACAAAUUCCGAAUUGUUAAUAGAAUUAUUUUAUUGGAAAGUAUUAAACAAAAUGUUUUCUUCCAUCAACAAUUAGUUCGGUUGAUAUAUAGAGAAAAUUAAAGGACUAUUCUUAAUUACUUUGGUGUUAUCACUCAUUUUGCAUUGUUGAUAAGGAUUAGACUUCUAACAUUUAAAAAUGUCACUGUCUAACCCGCUUAAACGAACUGAUGCUAGUGGAAAACCGAUCUUGCCACCAAUAACCAAACCAAAAAUAGAUAAAGAGAAAUAUGAUGGCCACAAACUACUUAGUUACAGAUUGGCAAAUGAACAGCAGAAAGUGUUGUCAAAGAUUAUGUACGAAGAAGCUAAAAAAGCUGCUAAUAAGACUGCAGAUGCCAUUGAAGUAAUGCCAGAUAAGGAAAAAGAACCAGAUUUUCCUUCAGAGUUAAACUAUCAAUUUUUGAAAAAAUGCGUUGAAGCUGCACCAGUUGUACCUAUGCAGAAGGAAUGGUUUGAUAAUAUCCUAAGUUUGAUACCAAACAACCUAAAGGGAGGAGCUCAACAAUAUAUUCGACAAGUGUUCGAUGAGGUUAAGGAAGAUUAUGAACGUAGUAUGAGGCGAUCUAAUGUGCAAAUGAACCUUGUUAGACCACCUGUAAGAGGAUUGGAAGAAGACGAUAAUCAGCCGAUUGAUGAGGAAGCUAUCGGUCUUGAUUUCUCUUCUAAAUGGCACAAAGCAUUCGUGGAGCAUAAAAAUCAGAUCGCAUCGAAUUUGCAUAUACUUCAUCCGUCAAUGCAGAAAGUAUUGCACAAAUGUGAAAGCAUUCUUGGUCCAUUGUUGGUUGUUGAUGGUUCUCAAUUCAGAAGAGAAGGUCCAACUGACUUUGACGUAUUGAGAAAUUCCGUCUUACUGGAAGCGGAAAAAGUAGAAGAAAAAUUAAAUUCCACUUGGCAUCCUGCUGUUGUUCAUUUAUUCGCUGAUAAGAAUAAUUUCACUUCAGUGUCUUCUAAUAAAUUGGACAGUUUCUAUAAUUGCGUCACGUGUCUUAUGUCCAAUCAAUUGAAAGGUUUAUUAGAGAGAUCAAUAAGACAGUGGGUGAAUCUAUUUGAUGAGACAAAUAAAGAAAAAUUACCUUUACUCCGAAUGGAACUCAUCUACGACGAUAAUCAAAUGCAAUUUUAUCCAACCUAUGAUAGUCUAGAAGAGUUAAUUCUCUUCGUACCUGAACAGAUAUCAAAAACUCUACAAAAUAUUAGUACUGUUCAAAGUUUCCUUUCCGGAAGUAAUCCACAAAUUGUAAACGCCACUGUCGCCGAUCACAUUUUGGAUUGGGCUAAAAAUAAGUUGAAAGAAGCUGUAAAACGAAAUUUUGAAGAAGCUCAAGCCCAUCUUGAAUGGUUUGUGAGUAAAUAUAAUUGGUUGAUAAACGGAGAAGCCGAAUCGCAAAUUACAAAAUUCUUGGAAGAGGAUCACGAUUUUGAGGAAUAUUGCGAAUAUAUCGAUUCCUUUAGAGAUGUUGCAAGACAGAUAUCUGUUUUACCAAUGAUUGAACACUACGAUAUGAUCGAAUUGGACUGCGAGGAUUUGAAAAGAGGAUUAGCCGAAGUGGCCAGAAAUCAUGCUAAUCGUCUUCUCGAAAGAAUGGCUACAGAUCACAGAAAUGAAAAUUCAGAAAUUUGUGCCGAAUUCGAUCAUAUCAAAGAGAGAGCACUCUCCGAAACGGAAAAAAGUGAUGAAUUGAUGGAUAUGAUAUCUUUUAUUGAGAAUGCCAGAACGCUAGGCAUGAUCAAAUUAAACGAAAGAAUUAAAACUAGCUUUGAGCAUCUACAAUGGAUGUUGGAUGUUUACAUAUUUUCAGAAGAGGAUAUAGAAUUGAACAAGACUACUAUGCUCUGGCCAAAAAGAAUUAAUCCAAUAUUUGAUCAAAAUGAUGAAUUGGUUGAAAAGAUGAAACAGGAAGGAGAGAAACAAUUAGUAGAAAGAAGGGAGAAAUUAAUAUUCGAGCUAAACAAAUUGAAACAGAGAGUAGAGGAAUUAGACGAUUGUGGUGAAUUGGAUAUGAUGCAAACAUACAUGCAAGAGAUAAGACAAACUCAAAAGAAGCUUACCGAAGCUCAAAAUGAAAUUGAAUGGACAAAUACAGAGGAGAAACUGUAUAAAUUUCCAGUUAAUCAAUAUCCACAAGUCGAUGAAAUUACAAGCGGUAUUGAACCUUUUAAAAGGCUGUUUGCCGUUGUAGUCUCCUGGCAAAAGGCUGAAAGAAAAUGGAUGGAUGGAAAUUUUGGCGCUUUAGACGAUGAACAAAUCGCAAAUGAACUAGAUGAUUAUUGGAAAGAUUUAUACAAAGUUCAAAAAGUAUUCAAUCAAAAAGUAAAGAAAUUACAAGCAGAAAAGGAAGAAAGAGAUAGAGAAAGGAAAAAGAAAAGGCGUCAACAGAGCGAAGAAGAUCAAGAAGAAGUAGCUGAAGAAGCCGAAAUUCAACCACCAGCCGCCUUGUUAGCUUGUAAUAAAGUUCAAGAAAAAAUGAGAGAAUUUAAAGAACACAUUCCAGUUAUUUCCAUCAUGUGUAAUAAAGGAUUACGAGAGCGUCAUUGGAAACAAAUGGAAGAACUUGCGAAAUUCGAAAUUCAACCAGAUGCUGGAACAUCUCUAAGGAAAAUGUUAAAAUUAGACAUUGCACCAUUCAUGGAGCAAUUUGAACAGAUUUCCGGCGCAGCCACCAAAGAACAUUCAUUGGAGAAGACAAUGUACAAAAUGCAAGACGAAUGGAAUGAUAUCGUCUUUGGCUUAACGGUUUAUCGCGAUACGGGUGUUAACAUUUUAGCAUCCGUAGAUGAAAUACAAACUCUACUUGACGAUCAAAUUGUUAAAACUCAAACCAUGCGAGGAUCUCCUUUCAUUAAACCGUUUGAUAGGGAAAUUAAGGCUUGGGAGGAGAAGUUAAUUAGGAUUCAAGACACAAUAGACGAAUGGCUGAAGGUCCAAGCUCAAUGGCUUUAUUUGGAGCCAAUUUUCUCAUCAGAAGAUAUUAUGCAACAAAUGCCAGAAGAAGGGCGUCUAUUCACAACCGUCGAUAGAAAUUGGAAAGAAGUUAUGAAGCAUACGGGAAAAGACGCUCAUGUUCUUGUCGCCGCCGGUCAGGCAGGCCUGUUAGAAAAACUACAAGAUUCGAACGGUCUACUAGAUAAGAUAAACAAGGGUUUAAAUGCCUAUUUGGAAAAGAAGAGAUUAUUUUUCCCCAGAUUCUUUUUCUUAUCCAACGAUGAAAUGUUGGAAAUCCUCUCCGAAACAAAAGAUCCUACAAGAGUUCAACCUCAUUUAAAGAAAUGUUUCGAAGGUAUCGGAAAACUAGAAUUCGACAAACAUUUAGAUAUUCUAGCUAUGUUUAGUAGCGAAGGAGAGAAGGUAAAACUUAGUCAAGUUAUUUCAACAUCUGAAGCUAGAGGUGCAGUUGAAAAAUGGCUCCUUCAAGUUCAAGAUGUUAUGCUAAUGAGCGUUCGAGAUGUAAUUGCGGCCUCUAGAGAUGCCUAUGCUAUUGAAGCUAGAGAAGAAUGGGUUAAGGAAUGGCCUGGCCAAGUUGUACUAUGCGUAUCCCAAAUUUAUUGGACAUUGGAGGUUCACGACGCAAUUAAAGGAGGAGCAAAAGGACUAAAGGAAUUUUAUCAAAGAUUACAAGAACAAUUGGGAAAGAUAGUUGAAUUAGUUAGAGGCAAAUUAACAAAACAACAAAGAAUUACUCUAGGAGCUCUUGUUGUAAUUGAUGUUCACGCAAGAGAUGUUGUAUUAGAUUUGGCCGAAAAGGGCGUCUCGUCGGAGAAUGAUUUCCAAUGGUUAGCUCAAUUAAGAUACUAUUGGGAGGAGGAAGUUUGUAAAGUCAGAAUUAUAAACGCUACCGUUAAAUAUGCUAACGAAUAUUUGGGUAAUAGUGGCCGUCUUGUUAUUACACCGUUAACUGAUAGAUGCUAUCGUACUUUGAUGGGAGCCUUCCAUUUGAAUUUGAAUGGAGCCCCUGAAGGUCCAGCUGGAACUGGAAAGACAGAAACGACCAAAGAUUUAGCCAAGGCAUUAGCUGUUCAAUGUGUCGUAUUUAACUGUUCGGAUGGUUUAGAUUACAUUGCUAUGGGUAAAUUUUUCAAAGGUUUAGCCUCGUCGGGAGCUUGGGCUUGCUUUGAUGAAUUUAAUAGAAUUGAAUUAGAAGUAUUGUCUGUUGUCGCUCAGCAGAUUCUGUGUAUUAUCAGAGCUGUUCAAUCGCACGUAGACACGUUCAGUUUUGAAGGAACUGAAUUAAACUUGAAUCCAAAUUGUUACGUCUGCAUUACAAUGAAUCCUGGCUACGCUGGCCGAUCAGAAUUACCCGAUAAUCUCAAAGUUCUCUUUAGAACUGUCGCUAUGAUGGUACCCGACUAUGCUAUGAUUGGAGAAAUCAGUUUGUACAGUUUCGGCUUUAUGGAUGCCAGAAGUUUAGCGGUAAAAAUUGUAACAACCUAUAGGCUGUGCUCUGAACAGUUAUCAUCCCAAUUUCACUACGAUUAUGGUAUGAGAGCCGUUAAGGCCGUACUUUCCGCUGCAGGAAACUUGAAAUUAAAAUAUCCGGAUGAGAAUGAAAAUAUCCUUCUCUUAAGAUCUAUAAUGGAUGUUAACCUUCCAAAAUUCUUGGCUCACGAUAUACCUUUGUUCGAGGGAAUAAUAUCUGAUCUUUUCCCCGGUACUGACCUACCAAAAGCCGAUUAUUCAACUUUCCUAACAGCCGUUCAGAAAAUAUGCGACAAAAGAAAUCUACAAGCAGUAGACUUUUUCAAUGAAAAAAUUAUUCAAAUGUACGAAAUGAUGAUUGUAAGACACGGUUUCAUGUUGGUUGGCGAGCCAUUUGGUUCAAAGACCUCAGUAAUUCAUACAAUGGCAGAAGCCAUGACACUAUUACACGAAGAAGGCAACGAAGAAUAUGAAAAGGUGAUGUACAGAACAAUAAAUCCAAAAGCUAUUACAAUGGGACAACUGUACGGACAAUUUGACGCAGUUUCACACGAGUGGUCGGAUGGUAUUACCGCCAAUACUUUUAGAGAGUUUGCAUCAACUGAUACUCCGGAUAGGAAGUGGGUUAUAUUCGAUGGUCCAAUUGAUGCUGUUUGGAUUGAAAAUAUGAAUACCGUAUUAGAUGAUAACAAGAAAUUGUGUUUAAUGAGCGGAGAAGUUAUUCAAAUGUCGUCUGUUAUGAGUUUAAUAUUUGAGACUAUGGAUUUAUCACAAGCUUCGCCUGCAACCGUAUCGAGAUGUGGUAUGAUUUAUCUUGAGCCGGCUACCUUAGGCUGGAGACCUAUUUUAAAAUCUUGGAUACGCUCUCUACACCCAUCGAUAACGAAGGAUAAUGCAGAAUUAUUAGAAGAGAUAUUCGAAUGGCUCGUUGAUCCCUGUCUAAACUUUUUGCGAAAGAAUUGUAAAGAAUACGUCCCGGCGUCGGUUAGUAACUUAGUAAGAUCAUUAAUGUACUGGAUAGAAAUGUUGAUGCACAAUGCGGCCCAUGCUGAAGACGUAGCCGAAAAUAGACAUUUAAGAACGUGGCUAUUAUCAUCUAUACUAUUCUCAGUUCCAUGGAGUUUAGGAGCCUUAACCGACGUUGAUGGUAGAGAAAAGUUUGAUAAAUUCUUCAGAGAACUCUUAAUGAAUAAGAAUGAAAAUUUCCCAAUUCCAAAAUCAAUUGGUAAGAUUGAAGUAAUGUUUCCCGAGAAUGGCCUGGUUUAUGAUUUUGCAUACGAGCAAAAGGCCAGAGGCUCUUGGAAACAUUGGAAUGAUUUUAUAAAAUCGUCAAAUGUAUCGUUAACGAAGAAAUUACAAGAAAUAUUAGUUCCAACUAUGGAUACUGUUAGAUAUUCUUAUUUAAUGGAUUUGGCUAUUAAACAUGAAAGACCAAUUCUAUUUGUUGGCCCUACUGGUACUGGAAAAUCAGUCUAUGUUCAACAAAAAUUGACAAACGAUCUACCUAAAGAGAAAUACGUUCCUACUUUUGUGAACUUUUCCGCUCAAACUAGCGCUAAUCAAACUCAAUUUAUCAUUAUGAUUCGUCUAGAUAAGAGAAGGAAAGGCUUUUUUGGACCAUCCGUUGGAAAGAAAGCUAUCAUCUUUAUCGACGAUAUGAAUAUGCCUGCAAAGGAAAUUUAUGGUGCACAACCUCCAAUAGAACUUUUACGUCAAUACUUUGAUCAUAAAAACUGGUACGAUUUGAAGGAUACUUCCAAAAUAGUACUGCAAGAUAUUCAAUUCCUUGCCGCUAUGGGACCUCCAGGAGGUGGAAGAAAUGAUGUAACUCCAAGAUUCUUACGCCACUUCAACAUAGUUUCAAUUAAUCCAUUCAACGACGACACUAUGAUCAGAAUCUUUUCAACACUAAUGACAACAUACCUAAGGAGUCAAGAUUUUGCUCCAGACUUCUUUUCUGCCGGAAAUGCUAUUGUACACGCUACAAUGGAGGUAUACAAGGCAGCUAUGUCUAAUUUAUUGCCAACACCGGCAAAAAGUCACUACGUAUUUAACCUUAGAGAUUUCAGUCGAGUUAUCCUCGGUUGUUGCUUAAUGAAAAAGGAACAAGUUGAAAAUAAGAGAGUUUUCACAAGAUUAUUUGUUCAUGAAGUAAUGAGAGUGUUUUACGACCGUCUUAUCGACGAUAAGGAUAGAAGUUGGCUAUUUGAGAUGAUGAAAAAUUUAAUCAGGGACCAUUUUAAAGAUUCUUUUGAUGUCGUUUUUGAGCAUCUCGCUAACGAGGGAAACGGUGGAAAAUUAAUGGAAGAAGAUUUAAGAUCACUUAUGUUUGGUGAUUAUAUUAAUCCGGAUUUAGAACCGGAAGAGAGAGUUUAUGAGGAAAUAGUAUCUAUUGAUCAAUUUUAUAAUGUUGCCGAACAAUGCCUCGAUGAAUAUAAUAAUACUCAUAAAACAAGGAUGAAUCUUGUUAUUUUCCGAUACGUAUUAGAACAUUUGAGCAGAGUUAGCAGAGUUCUCAGGAUGCCUGGUGGUAAUGCUCUUCUGGUCGGUGUAGGAGGCAGUGGUAGACAAAGUUUAACGAGAUUGGCCGCCUCGAUGUCUCAAAUGAACCUAUUCCAACCGGAAAUUUCGAAAAACUAUGGUAAAAACGAAUGGCGCGAAGACUUAAAGAAUCUAUUAAAAAUAACUGGUGGACAAGGCAAACCUACAGUUUUCCUUAUCACUGACUCUCAGAUUAAGGAAGAGAGUUUCCUCGAAGACAUAGACAGUUUACUAAAUACUGGAGAAGUUCCAAAUCUUUUUGCUCCGGACGAAAAAGCUGAAUUAAUGGAGAGCGUUAGAGUUGCAGCUCAAGCUCAGUCGCCGGAUAAAAAUGCUGAUUUUACGCCUCUAGCUCUAAUGGGUUUCUUUGUGAAUAGGUGUAAAUCAAAUUUACACAUAAUUAUUGCAUUCAGUCCUAUUGGAGACGCUUUCCGCAAUCGUUUACGACAAUAUCCGUCCCUAAUUAACUGUUGUACAAUAGACUGGUUCCAAGCAUGGCCGCAAGAUGCUUUGGAAAGAGUUGCAAAUAAAUAUCUGGAACACGCUGAAGUUGAAGACAAGGAGAAGGAAGAGUGUGUUUAUAUUUGCCAGUACUUUCACACGUCAGCUAGACUUCUAUCUGAAAAGUUCUUAUCAACUUUGGGCCGUCAUAACUAUGUAACUCCUACAUCCUAUUUGGAAUUAAUAGGGUCUUUCAAGAAUUUAUUGUCUGCAAAACAAGAAGAGACAAUGAAAGCAAAGAGAAGAUACGAAACUGGCUUAGAGAAAUUAGCCUUCGCAGCAUCUCAAGUGUCAAGUAUGCAAAAGGAACUUGAAGCUUUACAACCUCAGCUAGUGUUAUCCAAGGAAGAGAACAUUAAAAUUACCAAAACAAUUGAAGAAGAAAAGAUUGAAGUAGACGCAACAACUACAAGAGUUAGAGCUGAUGAAGCAGCCGCUAAUGAGCAAGCUGCAAAUGCCAAGGCUCUGAAAGACGAAUGUGAAGCCGAUUUAGCUGAGGCUAUCCCCGCUCUAGAAUCCGCUCUGGACGCUCUAAACACAUUAAAACCUAGUGACAUCUCUAUUGUAAAAACUAUGAAGAAUCCACCAUCAGGUGUAAAAUUGGUUAUGCACGCUAUUUGCGUUAUGAAAGAUGUUAGUCCAGAAAAAAUCCAGGAUCCUGCCGGAACUGGUAAAAAAAUAUUGGACUUCUGGGGUCCUUCAAAGAAGUUAUUAGGUGAUAUGAAAUUUUUGGACAGUCUUAAAGAGUAUGAUAAAGAUAAUAUCCCUGCUCACAUUAUGGGUAAAAUUAGAAAAGAAUUCAUUGUUAAUCCUGAAUUCGAUCCCAGUAAAGUGGCCAAAGCUUCCUCAGCGGCUGAAGGUCUUUGUAAAUGGAUAACAGCUAUGGAACUUUACGACCGUGUUGCUAAAGUUGUUGCUCCUAAGAAAAUCAAAUUAGCAGAAGCCGAAAGUACCCUUGACGCCACAAUGUCUAAAUUAAAUGAAAAGAGAGCAGAACUUAGAGCAGGCGAAGAGAAAUUAGCUAAUCUAGCUACUCAAUUGAAACAAAAAGAACAAGAAAAAGAUGAUUUGGAAGCCCAAGUUGAUUUAUGCGGAAAGAAACUAGAACGUGCCAAGAAACUCAUUGGAGGCUUAGGUGGUGAAAAAGAAAGAUGGACCCAAGCUGCCGCCAACCUUCAAGUAGUAUAUGAUAAUCUAUUGGGUGAUGUGCUUGUCUCUGCCGGAGUUAUAGCUUACCUUGGGCCUUUUACCUCAGCAUUUAGGGAAGAGUGUACUCAAGAAUGGACAAAGCUAUGCAAAGAAAAGAAAAUACCCUGUUCAGAGCAUUUCUCGUUGACAAAAACUCUUGGAGAACCUAUUAAAAUUCAAGCUUGGAAUAUCUCCGGUCUUCCAAGGGAUGCUUUCUCUAUCGAUAACGGCGUAAUUGUUGCAAACUCUAGACGUUGGCCCUUAAUGAUUGAUCCUCAGGGCCAAGCCAAUAAGUGGACAAAGAAUAUGGAAAAGGAAAAUAAAUUAUCCGUUAUAAAGCUUACUGAUUCGGAUUAUAUGAGAACGUUGGAAAAUUGCGUCACUUUCGGAAAUCCAUUACUACUUGAAAAUGUUGGAGAAGAACUCGAUCCUAGCUUGGAACCGUUACUACUCAAACAAACUUUCAAACAAGGUGGAGUUGAAAUGAUUAGAUUGGGCGAAAAUGUUAUAGAAUAUAGUAAAGAUUUCCGAUUUUAUAUAACAACGAAAUUAAGGAACCCGCACUACUUGCCGGAAGUUGCCACUAAAGUAUCGUUAUUGAAUUUUAUGAUUACGCCAGAGGGUCUUGAAGAUCAGUUACUAGGGAUUGUUGUUGCCAAAGAAAGACCUGAAUUGGAGGAAGAGCGUCAAGCUCUUAUUGUCACAUCGGCAACAAACCGUCGUCAGUUAAAAGAAAUUGAAGAUAAAAUUCUUCAUACUCUCUCAGCUUCUGAGGGAAACAUUUUAGAAGACGAAAGUGCAAUUCAAAUUUUAGAUUCGUCUAAAAUACUCUCCGAUGAAAUUGCAAAGAAACAAAAAAUAGCAGAAGAAACUGAGAAAAAGAUUGAUGAAUCCAGACAAGGAUAUAGACCUAUAGCUAAUCAUUCCGCUAUCCUUUUCUUUUCCAUAGCCGAUUUACCAAACAUUGAUCCUAUGUACCAGUAUUCUUUAACCUGGUUUAUAAAUCUCUUCUUGAAUUCAAUUCACGACAGGGCAAGGAAAGAAUUAGAUAUGGCAGAGUUUAUGUUCUUCCUAACUGGAGGAAUAGGAUUGGAAAACAAAGAUCCUAAUCCCGAUCCUUCUUGGUUAAUAGAUAAAUCAUGGGAUGAAAUUUGUAGAAUGAGUGAUCUACCAUCAUUCAAAGGAUUCAAACAACAAUUUGUGAAAGAUGUAGCUCUUUGGAGGAUGUACUACGAUGACAAAGCUCCUCAUAAAGCUGAAUUGCCUCCACCUUGGCAAAAAUUGACUCCAUUCCAAAAGCUUAUAGUCCUUCGCUGCGUUAGACCUGAUAAAGUUAUACCUGCUGUAGCUAAUUUUGUUAAGGAUAAAUUGGGUCAAAUGUUUAUUGAACCUCCUCCGUUUGAUUUAACAAAAUCUUACGCCGACUCAAAUUGUUGCGCUCCUCUCAUCUUUGUUCUUUCACCUGGUGCUGAUCCAACAAUGGCUCUCUUAAAAUUCGCCGAGGAUAAAGGUUUUGGCGGCAACAAAUUUAACAGUAUUUCUUUAGGUCAGGGUCAAGGUCCCAUUGCUGCAAAAAUGAUUCAAACAGCGAAACAAGAAGGAACUUGGGUUCUCCUGCAAAACUGUCAUUUGGCAGUCUCAUGGAUGACAGCUAUGGAGAAAAUCUGUGAGGAUUUUACACCAGAAAAUACCCAUCCAGAUUUUAGAUUAUGGCUCACAAGCUAUCCAAGUGACAAGUUUCCUGUAACAGUCCUUCAGAACGGUGUCAAAAUGACAAAUGAACCUCCAACUGGACUUCGUCAGAAUCUUUUACAGUCCUACUUGAAUGAUCCAAUUUCAGACGAGGAAUUCUUCCAAAAUUGCAAAGGAAAGGAGGGAACAUUUGAGAAAUUACUAUACGCAUUAUGCUUUUUCCAUGCUCUGGUUCAAGAGCGUCGUAAAUUCGGUCCUUUGGGUUGGAAUAUCCCAUACGGUUUCAACGAGUCAGACUUACGAAUAUCUGUAAGACAACUGCAAAUGUUCAUAAACGAAUAUGAUGAUGUACCGUACGAUGCUAUCACAUACUUAACUGGAGAAUGCAACUACGGUGGAAGAGUAACAGAUGAUCGAGAUAGAAGAACUCUUAUGACUAUUCUAGCUGAUUUCUACAAUGACAAAGUUGUAGAAGAAGCCAAGCACAAACUUUCCGCCUCUGGCUUAUACUAUGUUCCACCAAAAGGAACUUACGAAGAGUAUUUGGAAUUUAUUCAGAAUCUACCCCAAACUCAAACUCCUGAGGUUUUCGGCAUGCACGAUAACGUCGAUAUUUCAAAGGAUUUAUCCGAAACUAAACAACUAUUCGAUAAUGUGCUAUUAACGCUCGGAGGAGGUAGCACAGGAGGGGCGGGAAAAUCUGACGAGGCUCUACAUCAGAUAGCUUCGGAUAUUUUGUCGAAAUUACCGAAGGAUUUUGAUUUAGAGGAAGCUCAGCAGAAAUUUCCAGUAACCUAUGAAGAAUCCAUGAAUACAGUAUUAGUACAGGAAAUGGAAAGAUUUAAUAAACUAAUGGUUAUAAUUAGAACUAGUUUACAAAACCUUCAAAAAGCAAUAAAAGGUUUGGUUGUUAUGAACUCAGAUCUCGAAGCACUUGCCCAAUCGUUACUCAUUGGUAAAAUACCUGCUAUUUGGGCUAAGAGAUCUUAUCCAUCAUUAAAACCUUUAGGUUCUUAUGUAAACGAUUACCUGGAACGUUUAAGCUUCUUACAAAAAUGGUACGAUAACGGUAAACCCCAUGUAUUUUGGGUUUCGGGAUUCUACUUUACCCAAGCUUUCUUGACUGGUGUAAUGCAAAACUAUGCUAGAAAAUACAAAAUACCGAUUGAUCUCCUGGGAUUCGAUUUUGAGGUUCUACCUAAAGAACAAAGUGACGAUAGUCCAUCCGACGGAGCCUAUAUUCACGGUUUAUUCUUAGAUGGAGCACGAUGGGAUAAGAAAAAAGGCGUCUUAAAUGAGCAAAAUCCAAAAGUUUUAUAUGAUGCCAUACCAAUCAUUUGGCUCAAGCCGGCGAAGAGAUCAGAUAUUGACGAAGGUUCGUCCAGAUACACAUGUCCAGUUUAUAAAACUAGCGAAAGAAAAGGAACCUUAUCGACAACUGGACAUUCAACAAACUAUGUUGUAUCAAUAUUAUUACCGACCGAAAAACCUGUACAACACUGGAUAAAGCGAGGAUGCGCCAUGCUGUGUCAAUUAGAUGAUUAA